AUGCGCUCUCCUGCUGCUCAUGCUUCCCUUCUGCCUGUUGCUGUGAGUGGAUUGGGUUGCUCUGAUGCUGCUGCUGCUGCUGCUGCUGCUGCUGUUGCUGCUGAGAUUGGCUAUGUUGUUCUGGCUGCUGGUGUCUAUGCCACUGGUUAUUCUGUUGCUGCUGCUGCUGCUGCUGCUGAUACUGCGGCAGUUGAUAUUGCUGAUGCUGCUGCUGCUGGUCCUGCUGAUACUGCUGCUGCUGCUGCUGCUGCUGAUACUGCUGCUGCUGUUGCUGCUGAUACUGCUGCAUCUGCUGCUGCUGCUGCUGCUGCUGCUGCUGCUGCUGCUGCUGCUGCUGCUGCUGCUGCUGCUGCUGCUGCUGCUGCUGCUGCUGCUGCUGCUGCUGUUGAAACUGCUGCUGCUGCUGCUGAUACUGCUGCUGCUGACACUGUUGCUGCUGCUGGUCCUGUUGUUGCUGCCACUGCUGCGGCUGCCUCUGACCAGCUUCGUGUUGCACCCCACCGUGCCGCACCCCACCUUGCUGCACAAAUCCUUGCUGAAACAGCGUCAGGGCGGAAGUGGGCAGUCCUGAUUCCUGCUGCUCUCACCCCUUCCCUCACCUCUACUCGCCUCCCACUGCAAGUUAGAGAUGUCUCAAGCGUCUCUAGCGUCUGA